AAAAGAGGAAAAGAAAGGGUGCACUGACUGAUUUGCCCAUUAAGUACCAGGCUACAACACUUGAUGGUAUUAUUCCAGAUAUACCUGGUCAUGAAAACCUCCCCCCAUUGCAAUUAGCGUCUUAUUCUGCCAUCCCUCCCAAUUCCCUGCCCAAGAUCUCCUUUCAACAAAUCUACCAUCACAUGAUUUUACGACGUACAGUUGAUGGGAAAGAAGUUAAUAACUACAAGGGCUUGGACAGGGCUGUGAAACAUUUUGAGGCAGGAGAUAUUUCUCAAAUUGUAGCUGCCCAAGUAAGCAAAUAUAUCCCUGAUUAUAAAGUAUAAUUUUUUAUUUUUCAAACCAUGGAUUUACAUGGAUUAUUUAAAAUCAUUUUAAAAUAUCAGUGUUAUUCUACACAGAAACCACAUACAUUUAGUUCAUAAAUAUACAUAACUUUUUUUUUCAUAAGAGCAUUUGCAAGCUUGCUCCACAAAUUUUUAACAUAUUUUAAUAUGUCAGUUUAGACAAGUUAAACAUAUUGUUUAUCUUUUACAAAUAUCUGACCUAAAGAGGAGACAAUAACAAUUUGUAGAAUAGAUGCGUGUAUUAUAUAUAUGAUAUAUUGCCUAUUUGAUAAUCAUUUUAUCAAAUCAUUUAUUCUAGAUUGAUGAUUCUGUUGAAUAUAUCAGAGGAUUUUGUCUUGCUUCCAUGAAAAAGGCAAAAUACAAAGUGUAUAUUUGCAUCGAGGACAAACAGAAUGUGUGUUUUGCCUACUGUGAAUGCCCAAUUGGAUUAGCCCAAUCUUGCAGCCAUAUUGGUGGCCUCCUAUUCCAUUUGCACCAUCUUCAUUUACAUGAGGUUUUGAAAUCAGAUAGUGCUACGUCGAAACAAUGUAUGUGGAACGUGCCGAGACCAAUCAAGAUGGACCCUAAGCCCCUCAAGGAGUGGAACUUUGCCAAACCAAAACUGCAAGAGAGUGGUGAGAUUGAGCACAGGACCACGGAUGGAAGAAAAUUGGAUUUUGAUCCACGUCAUCCAACACAGAGAAAGUUCAAUAUCUGCCACUCUCUUGAGCAGCUUAAAUUGCUCAAGAGCAUAUUUCCCAAUACUGGCAUGGGUCACUUGUGGAAUAUUCCGGAUGAAAGCCCAGAGUUUGAAUCUGAAGUGGAGGUAGAGUCAACAGAGGAUCCGAGGGAAAAGGCGAUGAAAGCUCUGAUCCUGUCUGAUGAGAACUUACCCAUGACAAUAUCAAUCAAUGAAAGCCUCAGCUCGUACAUUGAGGAGAAAACAAGAGGACAGAGGGCAUGCAGCCUGUGGAGAGACCUGCACAAGGGGAGAAUAACUAGUUCCUUAUUUGGCGCAGUUCUAAGCUCUGGAACAAAUCCUGUCUCCUUAGUGAACCAGAUUGUGAAUGGUUCUAAUCUUGACAGGUACCAGACACUACCUCCACCAGUCCAGUGGGGAGUAAACAAGGAAGAGGAGGCUCUCAAGGACUACCUGACACUGCAAAAUGCUGUGACUGAUUUAACAACGGAGGCAUCUGGACUCACCAUCUACCCAACCCAUGCCUUUUUAGGAGCAUCUAGUGAUGGUUGGGUGCAUGAUAAAUCCAUGCCCGAGGGGAACCAAACAGGGGUUCUUGAGAUCAAAUGUCCAUACUCGAUCUCUGGAAAUAUUAUUACUGAUAAAGAGGUACAUGAGCUAGCAGGACAAGCUGGGUUCUGCUUGGAAAUUACCAAUGAAGGGCCUAGACUAAAGAGAAGUCAUAAAUAUUAUGCCCAAAUCCAAGGGGAAAUGGUAAUAAUGGGAUGUUCGUGGGGAGAUUUUGUUGUAUGGACCGCUGCCAGCCAAAGCAACUGCUUUGUUGAAAGAAUUAACUUUGAUGUUGAAUUUUGUUCUGCCAUGUUGCCAAAAUUAGUUGAAUUUUUUGUUAGUCACAUUUUACCCUUUUACACUAAACAAUAAAUUUCUAUUAUGCUUUUUAUCAAAUUCAUAAAUGACUUAGUUUUUAUUAUAAUGUUUAUCAACACAAGCAUAGGAAGUGU